AUUAUGAGCAAUAUCCCACAAUCAUAACAACCACAACAAGCACCAUAAGCACCACAACCAUAUUUUGGACAACCCAGCUAUGCCCAACCAUAUGGUGCUCCUCUUUCACCAUUGAGAUAUUCCUAUGCUCCUCCUGUCGUCCAAUAGGUCGUUCCUUAAACCUAUGUUCCUCAACAAGUUGUGCCCCAAACCUACGUGCCUCAACCAGUCGUUGCUCAACCAGUUGUUGCCCAACCAGUUGUCGCAUAACCAACAAUCAAAGGUGAGAGCAGAAUCGAAUAUGUUCCAUACGAGAAAACUGUGGUUGAAUAUGAAGAAGUGAGAUAAAGAAUCUAAGUGCCAAGAGAGAAAUAUGUUACAGAUUAUUACGCAGUUGAAUAUCAAACUGAAUAUGUUCCAUAAGUCUUCUAAGAAAAAUAUACAGGUAUGACAUUUAAAAAUUUAAAUUUCCAGAAUAUGUCCCUGUAGACAGAUAUCAAGAAAGAGUUGAAUAUUACCCAGUCGAGAGAUAAGUCGUUCAUCAACAACAAGUUUAAUAAGUUGUUGCCCAACCAGUCUAAUAAGUGGUUACUCAAUCAGUCGUUCAACCAGUCUAAUAUGCCCCAUAACCAGUCCAAUAUGUUCAACAACCAGUCUAAUAUGCUCCAUAACCAGUUCAAUAUGCCCCAGCUCCACUUUAAUAAACAGCCUAUGUUCCUGCUCCAGUUGCCAGUCUUCCAUUAGCCUAGACCCAAAUACCAACCAGAACAGUCCCAUAAGCUAGACCCCAAUAACCAUUAGACAGAACAUAAGUAUAACAUCUAAAAUAACCACAGGCUUAAAAUCCACGACCAAACCCAUAAACAGCCCAAUAGCCACAAUAGAAGUAAAAGAGCUUUUUAGACAGACUCUUUGAUAGAGAUUGAUUAUCAUAAUCAUUUAUAUAACAUAUAAUCCAU